AUGUCAUCUCCCCAGCAAACCCCAGCGUACUCUGAGCCUGGAUAUGCUAAAUCCGGCCGGAAUAAAGGAGAAUACCCGUGGUAUCUUCAGAGUAUUGAUAAGCAUCUACUUCCGGAGACGCGGCAGUUACUUGAGACCUACAGUAAAGUGCCUCGGGACCAGCAAUCGCAACAUGUGCACGAGAUCCGCGAUCAAGCAUGGGCCAUUCGCUCCUACCCGUGCACCGGCUUGGGCGUCUGGCUAGUCCCCUUUAUCUCCCGCUCCCCGGCCUAUCCCACUAUUCUGCAACGCUUGCGCUCCAGCGCCACGUUUAUGGACGUUGGUUGUUUCCUUGGUGGCGACAUGCGUCGCCUCGUGUUUGAUGGUGCACCGUCGGCGAACCUGUACGGCGUCGACAUUGUUAGCCACUGGGACGUAGGCUACGCGCUGUAUCGCGAUCGGGUUCGUUUCGACGCUCACUUUAUCCAAGCCGAUAUUCUGUCGUCAGAGAAGAAUCCGGCACUACAGGCGCUAAAGGGCCGUGUCGAUAUCAUUUCUAUCUCAGCCGUGAUGCAUCAGUGGGGCUGGAAGGACCAGCUUGAAGCUGCGAAGAAGUUGGUGGCCUUCACGAGAUCAGGCGCUCUGGUGGUGGGGUACCAGAUUGGCAAUGUCGAGGCAAAGGAAGUCAUCAAUCCAACACUUAAGGUUCUUCAGUGGCGUCAUAAUCCGGUAUCCUUCGCGAAGAUGUGGAACCAGGUCGGUGCCGAGACGGGCUCGAUGUGGGAGGCACAGGCCUGGUUACGCAGCUGGGAGGAUAUGGGGUGGGAUCCUGCGGAUCAGGCAUGGUUAGAGCCGGGAGACGCGGUCAUCGAUUUCGUUGUUACUAGAAUACAUUAA